AUGGCUUCUUUGCUGUGCUGCGGGCCCAAGCUGGCCGCCUGCGGGAUCGUCCUCAGUGUGUGGGGGGUCAUUAUGCUGGUCCUGUUGGGAAUUUUCUUUAACAUCCACUCAGCCCGUUCUCAUUGA